AUGGCUGAAGAUUCCAGCAACCACGACGAAGGCUUUGGCCUUCCUCCCGCGCCUACCAUCGCGCCAGAAUUUUCGGCUGAGUGGCUUGAUGUAAAGCACCCAGAAUCCCUCUCAGCUGUCCAGGCGGUUAUCCUAUCUCGCCUCCAUUUCAUUGCUGCUCAAAACCAGCACAUAAUGGCGCUACUCGAGAACUUGCGCAUCACCAACUCUCGAAGCAAGAGUCCCCAUAACAGCAUCUCGUCUGCUGCGGCAAGCACCGAAGGCGGAGAUGAUACCAACAUCCCCUCCGUCACCGGAGACCGAAAGAAGAAGCGGGACAACCCCCAGGGAAAGGGAAAGGCCAAAGUGAAGAAUUCAAGUUCCCCCGUUUCUGCCCCUACCGAUGACUCUCGCUCCGGAUCUAGCCGUGUCAAGGGGGAACAGUCUCAGUAG